AUGGGUAGAUUCACCAUUGUGAUAACACUUCUCAUCAUCGCUUCAUUCGUUCGAUGUGGAGAGUAUGAUUUCACUGUAGAAGUUGCCGCUGGAAAAUUUCAAUGCUUCUUCCAGCCAGUCGAUCUUACUAAACACAAAACUCUCGAAGUCGAUUAUCAGGUAAUUGACGGUGGCGAUUUGAACAUAAACUUCAUGAUUCUUCAUGGAGCGAAUAUAUUGAAACAAGAUCAGCUCAAAGUCGACGGAUCACAUAGAAUCGAGUUGAACCAACCAGGAGACUAUCAAAUUUGUUUCGAUAACUCAUUCAGUUAUCAGUCGAGAAAAGUUGUGUUCUUCGAAAUUUUCUUGUUCGACGCCCAUGGAAAUUUGGAUGAGACCGAUCUCUCAGCGAUGGCUCGCACUGAUGCUGACCUCUCUUCAAAGAUGAACGAGUUGGGAGUGACAAUUGACGAAUUCCAUCGACGCGCAAAUGGAAUCAAGAACAAUCUGAACAAGGUCGAGUAUCACCAGGCACUUCUCCGUGCACACGAGGCCCGAGAUCGUGCAGUAAUGAGUGCCAACUUCGAUCGUGUCACAUUCUGGAGCGUCGUCCACACUCUCGUCAUGGUCGGGGUGGCCGGAGUUCAAGUCUUCAUGAUCCGUUCGCUUUUCGAAGAAAAUUCGAAAAUAGGAAAAGUUUUGAGAAAAGGAAAAUUCGAUUGA